GACUUGCCGUCUAUUGCAAGUGGCUACCUCCAACUCACCUUCAACCUGUUUCUCCUGCUCAUCCUCCUCUACUUCCUCGUCUCCUUCAUCCUCACCAUUCAAUCAGACGUCAACAAAAAGGUCGAAGAGUACUCUGCCGAGAUUCUCUCUGAAAUCUCACAAUGCAGUAAAGAGUACCUCGAGAAUAGGUGUUCCCCAGAUCAACGGGUUCCAGCCAUGCAAAGUGCCUGUCAAGCUUGGGAACGCUGUAUGGAACGCGACCCACAGAAAGUAGGCCGAGCUCGGGUGUCGGCAGAGACGUUUGCUGAGAUUGUCAAUUCAUUCAUUGAACCCAUCAGUUACAAGACUAUGGUGUUUGUACUUGGUUUGGUGCUUGGCAGCUUGUUUGUGAGUAACUUUGCCUUUAGCGUCUUGAGGCAGAAGAGCACACAGCAUCAGCAGCAGCAACAACAGCAGCAGCAGCAGCAG